AUGGGAGACCUUUCCCAAGAAGAAAUCCUUUGCGACUCGGUCGCGAUUGAUCAGCUCUACAACACGGAGGCACGGAAGUCACUGGAUAUCAUCGACAGUCUCCGGGAGCUGCAAGUAGGCCAGAUUGUGGAUCUGCCGCAGAUUAUUGUGGUUGGCGAUCAGUCUUCCGGCAAAAGUUCCGUCCUCGAGGCUAUUUCUCGUGUGCGGUUUCCCGUGAGAGGAGGACUGUGUACUCGUUUUGCAACUGAGUUGGUGCUCCGGAGGGCAGAUCAAAACAGUAUCGACGUCCGAAUCCAAUUCGCCACCGAAGAACCUGCCUCCACCAACGAGCCUGCGCAGCCAUUCCGAAGAGCUAGUCUCGACAGAAAUGAUCUCUCUGAGAUCAUGAAGGUGGCCGAGGAGCGCAUGAGCAGUCAUGCGGGAGGCGCGAGGGGGUUCUAUAAGGACAUAUUGCGGGUGGAAAUUGCUGGCAGUGAUGUCCCUCCCCUUACGCUUGUCGACCUACCGGGCUUUUUCCAUGCGGAAACAUCCGAACAGUCGCAACAAGACAAAGAGAUGGUGGAUUCACUGGUGGAGAGCUACAUGCGCCAGCAAAAGAGCGUCAUUUUGGCAGUGAUUUCAGCAGACAACCAACUUGCCAACCAGAAAGUACUCGCCGAAGCCAAGCGGCAUGACCCGAAAAAAGAGCGCACACUUGGGGUCAUCACCAAGCCCGAUGUUCCAAGCCCCGGGUCUCACAAUGAGAGGACUGGUAUCCGACUCGCGCAGGGCCUGGAGAGCAUGCACAGGCUGAAUCUAGGCUGGCAUGCUCUGCGUAACCGGUCCGAGGGCGACGAAAGGCUUGACGCGAGCGCAAGAGAUGCCCAAGAGGAGCGUUUCUUCCAGACUGGCGCCUGGGCCGCCAUACCUUCAAGCAACCGAGGAGCGGGGAGACUGCGACACAAGCUCAGCAACGUGCUGCUCGAACACAUCAGGAGGAACUUGCCUGUAGUGAUUCAAGACAUUGAAAACGCACUUCAGAGCAAGCGAAUUGCGCUGGAGAGCCUGGGCCCCUCACGAUCCAGCCCAGAGGAGCUCAAGUUGUACUUGAUCGGCAUUGCCGAACAUUUUCAGCGAAUCUCCCGAGACGGCGUUGAAGGAAGGUACAAUGACCCAUAUUUUGGGGAUCUUGAACAAACCGAAAACAAGCUCCGGGCUCAUCUUCGCAAUCUCAACCGCGCCUUUCACAUCACCAUGUUGAAAAAGGGGGCAAAUGAGCUUGUUGUGUGGGACAGCGACAAACAUGGUGACGAUGACGACGGGGACUCCCCUGUAAGUCAUCACGAAGGAUUCGGAGGCGAGAAUAUUAGAAUCCCCGAAUAUCUUCAGGGAUUUGUUGAUCUAUACGACUUCCCAGAACCCACUUCGAUCGGGGAACAUGAGUUCAAUUUGACGCUCGAGCGACUGGCGUCAGCCAAUCGAGGUCGGGAGUUUCCCGGGUCUUCCAAUGACGAACUCGUCAUUCAGCUGUUCAAGCAGCAAGCCCAGCCCUGGAGUCGCAUCGCGGCGCGUCAUCUGAACCUGGUGACCGACUUCGCCAAGGUCUUCGUGGAGAACCUAAUUCACCACGUUGUUGGGGGUUAUAGCCCUACCGUCACGGCCCUGCUGCGCGGCUGUGUCGAUCCCUUCUUUGACGACAAGACGAAUGUCCUGGAAGCAAAAAUUUCCGAGAUCAUCCGCCCUUACAUGUCUGGGUUCAAUGCACCACUCGAGACGGAGUACCAGAGAAGGCUGUCAACGAGGGCUGUUCGCCGUCUUGCAGAUCGCAUGUCUCAUCUCCUCGAGAAUGGGCCGCCUAGGGAUUCGAAUGACAGGUCAAGGGAGGUGCCCAGCCGCAAGCAGCUGAUACAGAUCAUCAUCAACGAAAACGAGCAGGACUCUGAGCGAAAUGAAUUUAACACAGAUGGGAUCAUCGACAGGAUGGUGGCAUAUUAUGAUAUGUCUUUAUGUACGUUCACAGAGAAUGUUAUCAACCUCGCGGUGGAAAAUUGUUUGGUUUGCAAUAUUUCGGACAUUUUGACGGCAACCAAAGUACACCGUAUGAGUGACGAGGAGCUGAGGCAGUUGGCAUCAGAGUCAGACGACGUGCAGUCUAGAAGACAAUCUCUCCGAAAAGAAGUCGAGAGGUUGAAAGAUGCACUUCGCAGAUGUCAGCCGUAUCGGCCGAGACAAAGUACAGGUUUGUCAAGGAGUGUUCCAUAA